AUGCGCAGUUGUAAUUUAACCCCAUUGUAACGAAGUGAAAAACUAGCUAGUAUCUAGAGCUAAUUGUGGUUAGGUGUUUACCAAACAUUAAUGGGACUACUACGCUAAUUUUAGCCAACUUUAUGAAUAUUUUGAACUUAUUAUUUCAAGUUGUUCUAAGCAAGCAGCAUGUCAACUCACUUCGAGGAGAGGAGCGGAGUCAUCCUGUGUAGAACAUCGUGGGGGUCUUGGUAUCAAACCAUGGAGGAGGUGUUUAUCGAAGUAAACGUUCCUCACGGCACGUCUGGUAAAGAAGUGAGAUGCAAUCUGGGAUCAAAACACAUUGAACUGCACGUGAAAGGACAAGAGAUAUUCAAGGGUAAGCUAUUUGGAACCACAGUUUCUGAUGAAGGAACAUGGACAUUAGAGGACAAGUGUCUGAUCCGCAUCGUAUUGAUGAAGACAAACCGGGAGGCAGGAAACUGUUGGGCGUCUCUGCUGGAGGGGCAGUACUGUGCGGACGCCUGGGUUCAGGACCAGAUGCAGCGCAAACUCACCUUGGAGCGCUUCCAUAGAGAGAAUCCAGGGUUUGACUUCAGUGGGGCAGAGAUCUCUGGGAACUUUGCAGGUGGAGGGCCAGACUUUUCCAACCUGCAGAAGUGACGUGAUGAUCCACAGUGCUGUCCUGAACCACCAUGCUGGAGGUCUUGACCCCACCCCUGAACCUUCUCCUGUCCGGGCUGAGACCCCAGCAGCUGGCCAGGUGGAUGGCAGAGACUUAACUCGGUAUUGAAGGGGAAGUAAAAACCAUUGUCACAUGCUAACACAUGUCCCCUCAGGGGGCCGGGGAUUAACGGCAUGGGAUCUGGGUCAUCCCAGUGCUACACGCCAACAGUGGAUAUGUACAAAGUGGGAAGGGUUUAUACAUGGGGAUGCAAGUGCACAGUGAAAGCCAUAAUUUAAUAGCCAACCACCUGCCUUUUAAGUUUGUGUAUUCUUCCAAGCUGUUCUCAUUGCACAUGAGAACAUGAGUGUUUUGAACAUGUCGGCUAGGGUGGGGUUCAGAAACUGAAUCUAAGAAUAUGUGAACCGGGUUGCUUUGAGCAAAGUAUAUUGCAUAUAUUUUAAGUGGAAUAAAAUGGUUUUUCCUUAUGAAACACAUUGUUGCAUGGUUGGUCCAAAGACAAGGUAAAGCACAAAUUGCUUUUCAAUAAAGUUUUAUUGAAAGGUUGUACAUGGGGCACACAGAUGUGUAGUAAGCCAAUUGGUCAAAAAUUUGUUAUACUUAAAAAAGGGACUUAAUUUGUAAAGAAAAAAGUUAACUUCCUAUAUAGAUCAACUCAGGGGCCCUUUGCCUUGGCACAAUAUACUAAAAUGGUAACAAUUGUCUACAUCUAAAUUUUAUUUUGUGCAACUUGUGAAUACUACCACAAUACACAUCUUGUCAGUUGUUGGGAGGGGGGCUGCAAAGUAACUAUGAGUAGUUGAGCUAAAACAGCAUCGCUAUAUCAGGCAAGCUUCAACCAUGUUUCAGAUCAACACUAGCUCCUCCAUCACUGAGGAAACCACAACACCCUCACAGUAUCAAAAAGAAAAAUAAAGUUUGUUUUCAUCACCUUGGGUAGGAGUGUGCAUUUAGGACAAGUCGACCUAGGGUGGGAGUGAAGGGUUUUGGGCCCGAUUUCUUGGUUCCAUUAUUAGUGCACUUCACAAAACCCUUCUCCCUCCUCUUCCACAUGGUGGCUUGAGGACCUAGGUGGUUCUACAUACUUCUUCGCUUAAAACUGAAACCGGUGCUACAGAACGUCUCAGAAAACAUCCUCACACUGAUUAACAUCAGAGCAUAACUGUACACUUGUGCAAGCAAUUCAACUUGGAAGGAAAUCCUUCACUAGGGGGCAGCAAGACAUGCCCACUGUUGACCAGACAGAUGUGAUGUCAUGGUGA